AUGAGUGGAACAAAGCCAACUGAGCAACACCUGGAACGCAUUGCGUCUCCAGAUCCUGAUGUCCUUCCAGACAAGCACGCCGCGGUCGAUGAAGAGCUGCGUAGGUAUGUUGUCGCCGCGGGUUCGGUCGAAGUGGACGAGGCGACUAGCAAGCGCCUUCGAAGAUUGAUUGACAAGCGCGUAUUGAUCGUUAUGGAAGAUGCCCACCUUGUCGGGCAAGAUUAUUCCUGGCUUCAUACGGUCAUCUAUUUUGGAAUUCUCUUCGCUGAAUACCCGACUAAUCUCCUCGUGCAAAAACUUCCGAUCGGAAAAUACCUUGCGGCCAACAUUUUUCUCUGGGGAUUGACUCUGACUAUGAAUGUCUUCGGAUUCAACUUUGCUAUACUUUGUGCAUUGAGGGUUCUGCUUGGAAUUUUCGAAGCUGUAUCGCAGCCAACAUUUUUGCUUCUCUCGUCUAUGUGGUAUAAACGUGAGGAACAGGCUCACAUUGUGGCCUACUGGUAUGGAAUGAACGGCGUUCAAGGGAUCGUUGGCGGUCUCUUCGCCUACGGAAUGAGCCACGUCCACUCAUCCGUUCUCAAGUCCUGGCAAUUACUUUUUGUCUUGCUUGGUUCCGUCACCUGCCUCUGGUCCGUCUUCGUCUUUUGGUGGAUGCCAGACAGUCCCAUGCGAGCGACAUGCUAUUCGGAAACAGAUAGAAUUCUCAUUAUCGAGCGAGUUCGUGCUAAUCAAACUGGAAUUCAAAACCGCAAGUUCAAAAAGGAACAUGUCCAGGAGGCUAUCAGAGAUCCUCAGAUUUGGCUUUACAUCUUGAUUCAAAUCAUUAUUCAAAUCCCGACUGGUGGCUUAGGAUCUUUCUCCACGAUCCUUAUUAAGAAUUUUGGGUUCAGUGAGCUCGAUACCGAGCUACUUUCUAUGGUCAACGGCGCCGUUCAGUGUGUCGUACUUCUGAGUGCAGCAUGGUUAUCUCGCCAUUACAAUCAAACGAUUCUGUUCCAAUUUGCUUUCUUGAUACCAAAUAUUGCGGGAACGGCCGUUCUAAUGGCCGUACCUAUUUCUAAUUCCACCAAAGUCGGCCUGUUGAUCGCCUACUGGUGUACACUGUCAUUCUGGGGCACCACAGUCCUUCUCAUGUCUCUACUUUCUCGAAAUGUAGCUGGCCAGACGAAGAAAUCAGUCAGCACGGCAUCAUUAUUCCUCGCUUGGGCGGUGGGCAAUAUGAUCGGACCCCAGGUAUUUCAAUCCAAGGAUGCCCCGAGAUACUUCACGUGCUUUUCGGUUCAUAUGGGAUGUUACGCUUGCAUCGUUAUUCUUCUUGGGGUUCUCCGCUGGCACCUCAUACGGGAGAAUAACAAGCGGGAUCUAUUACAGGAAGAGGAUUGGAGAGCUUCGGAAGCGAACUUGGAUAAUGCUUUUGACGAUUUGACAGACCGGGAGAAUCUUAGUUUCCGGUAUAAAUACUGA